UUUAGUCUAGCGAACAAGAAGUUUAAUGUAAAAAAAUUUGAAAAAAAAUUCAUGCAUACAUAUGUAGAUAUGUUAGUACAUUAUGUACGACGUUCAAUUUCAGUGACGACCAGUAUCGACAAUGUACAAAAAAACAGCUGCGCAACUACGUCACAGUGUACACCAGAGCAUCGAAAACUAUCCAUAUAAUGAGCCUAGCAGUGCCCAGGCCACUCUGCAGGCCAGUUGCAAAAAUUCAUUGAGCUUUGUGCAGCGCUUAGAUAUACUGCAAACGCUAUACGUCCAUAAUGGCUGCGUGAACACAGUGAACUGGAAUGCAAGCGGUACACAUAUUGUAUCUGGCUCCGAUGAUAAUCAUCUGGUCAUUACUGAGGCCAAGAGCGGUCGGGUAGCUCUCAAGAGCAAAACCCAGCAUAAACGUCAUAUUUUCAGUGCACGUUUCAUGCCACACAGCAACGAUCAGGCUGUCGUUUCCUGCUCUGGCGAAGGCCUAGUCAUUCAUACUGAGUUCCUGAUUCCAUAUAGCUCAGAAAACUGUACAAAGACGAUAGACUAUCUAGUUGGAGAGGAGAGCCGAAUCGUCAACGUUUUUGAUUGUCACACAUUUGGGAGCACCUUCGAUGUUUUGCCAAUACCUGAUGAACCACGUUCCUUUCUCAGUUGCGGAGAAGAUGCAACUGUACGCUGCUUCGAUCUUCGCCAAUCCAGUAGCUGCUCCAAGCGUAUGUGCCAAAAGCACAUUCUUAUAAUGGCGCCCUGUGCCGUGACAGCCAUGGAUGUGGCUCCAUUUAAUUACAACAAUGUGGCCAUUGGCUGUUCAGACUCGAUAAUUCGUCUAUACGACAGGCGCAUGCUAGCAAAUACAGGAUCUGCAUCCUUUUCGGUGGGCUCAACAAUACCGCUUAAGGCCUACCCUAUUCCGAUGGAAUACACGCGUCGUCACUAUCGCCCCACCUGCGUAAAGUUCAAUAUUAACGAAUCUGAGCUUCUGGUCAGUUACUCAAUGGAGCAAAUUUAUCUGUUUGAUCUGAAACACCCCGGAUAUAACGACGCAGGUCUUUUAAAAAGCGGUUGUUAUACGCCCAAAAUGCGCCGUGAAGACGAUCCAGACCCGCAAAUGCCUCGUCUUCGCUUUCGUGGCGAUUGGUCGGACACUGGGCCCAACUCCCAGGCCAUUGCCGAGCAGAGUUUCAACCGUCCCAAUGUGGGGCAAGCUCGUCCACCCCUUGAACCAGGAGUACUUAGUCGGCUUAGUGAUGAAAUCUUUCGCAUGCUUAAUUCGCCCAGUCGUCAAAUGCGUCAAACUUCCCAAGCAGCCGAGUCAAAUACAGAUCCAACCAGCAGCCGAACAGCAGGAGCAUUUUCCUGGCAGAGUGACCUGCUGCGUACGACGGAAGGGCAUAGCGAAGCCGCAACAUCAAACCGCGAUUCAAAUAGCACCCUUCUUGCCAGAGACCAUGACACAAUUUAUGCAAAUAUGAUCAACGAAUCGGAUGUGCCUAACAUCUCUGUCAAUUCUGGAAGUCCUGAGAACAGGAAGGACGCUAAAGAGGCCAAAAACGAGGACAAAAAUGCCAUAACAGCUGGAGAUGGACAAACGUUUCCUAUUCGCAAUUUUGAUUACGUGAAAAUGGCUUUCAGUGGGCACCGCAACUCAAGAACAAUGGUAAAGGGAGCAUGUUUCUGGGGCGACGACUUUAUUAUGUCGGGUUCCGACUGUGGCCAUAUAUUUGUUUGGAAUAGACAGACCGGAAAGGUAGUCAAGACGCUUCUGGCAGAUAAUCGUGUCGUCAAUCGUGUUCAACCACAUCCCACGCUCCCCUACCUUCUUAGUUCCGGCAUCGACUACAAUGUGAAGGUGUGGGCGCCAAUCGCUCCUGAUCCCCAUUUCGACGAGGUUGAAACCGCUGGACUUAUAAAGAGCAAUGAGAUUAUGUUGGUGGAGACUCGCGACACUAUAACCGUGCCUGCCCAGAUAAUGAUACGAAUUUUGGCAAGCCUUCAUCAGUAUCGCCGGUUGAUGCACGAAGCUGGUAGCGAAGCCAGAUCGAGGCAAGAAGGUCUGUCUAACAAUGGGGCAGAAGCUCCUAAUAGUGAUAGCUAAGUCAAAUCGUGAUCGCUACAACGCUGAAGUCAAUCCAAAAAAAUUUGUGAAGUACUUACUUACCUGUACUACUGUAGUAAAACAAGCUUGAGCUAAUUAUUGUUCAACGUCCGAGGCAAGUACACUCCCCACAGAUGCACCGAAGGGACUGAAACGGAAACAGUGAUCAGACCAGUCCUCCGCCUCUUUUCAUAUUUCUCCUGUUUCCGCAUGUUUUUUCCUUCCGACGGAUGCGAUUAAGGCAUUGCAGAAAAUAUCAGCCCAAUAAGUAGAGAGAGGGACACGUUUCUUUGUGUAAUGUAAAUCUUAUAAAAGGUACAUACAUAUAUCGAAAAUAAUCCCUUUUCCACUUACGUAAGAUUGCGAUAAGUUUUUAAAUGACUGUUUCCAAAUAUGAAAACAAAUGAUUUCAUAUUUUGUUAAAAAAGUAUAAAGUAUAAAAAAAAAAAAAAGACCUGGAUAAUUCCAUAUAUUUAGUCAAUACUCAAAUUAGUCAAUUUCGUUUUGUUUACUCUGCUAAAUAUAUAAUGUUAUGCUUUAUCAAAGAUACCCACUAAAAUAACCAUACGUGUCCCUUUAAUAUCGUACUUUAUAUAUUUUCUCUUUACCUCAUCUAUCCAUUUAAAUGUUACUCUUUUAUUUUUUUGAAAAUAUUUUAUGGCUUCAAAUUUCUUCACAAGAUGAAACUCCUCCUCCUAACCAUCCACAAGAAAGAAUGGCCUAUGCACCGCUCAAAAGCCACAGGAGUACAUUCCGAAGUCGUGGCAUGAAAGGACAUGAGCGUGGCAUGAGCCUGAAAUUCUGAAAAAAUAUAAUACCCGGUUUUUUCCGUCUGACGGAUGCAAUUAUGAUUGCAUGUGUGAGAAAGCACAAAAUACAAUUUUAUGUCAAACAAAAUGUUAAUUAUAUAUAUUACAAAGACCAACCUCAAAGUUAA